GCUCCGAUCAGAGAUUGCAAGAGAGCAACGUUUGACAGAACCGGGACCCGCCGGUCUCCCUGACUGCGAUGCGAAUGGACAGAUGCGAAGGGUGGGAAGAUGAAUGGCAAAGGGCGGAUGGUAGAGGAAGAAGCACCUUUACCGGCCGGGCAUGCGGCCUGCCGGCCAGUCCACCCCCGCUCCUCCCCCGCUUCUCGCUUCCGAUCCGAAACACGACAUUGGCUCCGAGACGCGAUUGGAAUCUCAGACGCAGAAGGCACUCUCUGCCUGUGGCUUUCCCGCUUGCUAUACCACCUGUCCGUACCGUCUUUAACACCUUGUCCUCAUAACGCAGCGUGCCAUUCCACGAGAUCUGGAGAGGCUGUUCCUCAGCGGCCUGAAAGUGGUAUGUCGGGUCUUCAUGGCCUCAAGCGUGCCUGGUCGGGCAGUGCCCAUGAUCUUGGUGAAGACGGCGAGGAUGUGUCAAUCGCUCCCACCAAGGCUCAAAGACGAAUGAAGGAGAACAUCUUGCCAGCUAGCAGUCCAGCUGACUACAGUGACGGCUGGGAAAUGACACCCCCUGAGAAGCAGGAGGCCAUACGAAAGUCGCUUCAGGGGAGCAGGACAAAUACACUUCCUUUGAAUCAUGAAAGUGAAGCGCACAACGUUUUUCGGCCUAAGAUCGCUGAUCCCGACAACGUCGAGGACUGCCUCGCCGUGACAGCCAGCCAGCGUCAGCUGCCCGGUGUGCGAGUAUCCGGUCUCUCGCGCAGCUUCACACGUACCACUAGUCAAGACCACGAGGCUGGAGCCUCUCUGUCCAGCUCGGUAGCAAGCUCCAGCAAGCUGAAGCUUCCAGCCUCGUCUUCAACCUCGUCGAGAAGCGACAGGCUUGACGUGGCACCAUCACGGAGCAGGUCAAAUUCGAGCGAGCCUCCUGCAGCAGCAGGAGUGCCACAAAAGCGACAGCUUCCUCCUGGGUUUCAGAGCAAGCCGAAGCAGCAGCUCGUUGAGGAACGCCGUCGUAAUGGCCAAGGACCAUCUUUCCUAUCCAAGCAGCCACCGCCACCCCGCCCAGCAAGCGUAGGCCCGCAAAACCCUGCAGACGAGUACAAGGAGAAGGAGGCAUCGGUACCCGGCAUGUUCAGAUUGAGCGCGCAGCAGCUCCGCGUCAGGAACAUGGUCGUUGAAGAAGGCAAGAACGUUUUCUUCACUGGAUCAGCAGGUGAGUGGAACAUUGUCGAAGGUGCUGAGCCUGAGUCUGAAGAUUGCUGAGGUAUGCCUGACCCCCACACCAGGAACUGGAAAAUCGGUUCUCUUGCGAGACAUCAUCAAGCUAUUGAAGAAGAAAUUCAGCAAGCGAGCCGAAGCAGUAGCUACCACUGCUUCGACGGGUAUUGCCGCCUGCAACAUCG